CUGCCAUGCUGCCGCUGCUGCUGCUGCUGCUGUCGGUGCCGCCGGUGCUGCCGGGCACCGUGGAGGUGAUGCGGCCCCGCGGCGUCUCCCUCUCCAACCACCAUUUCUACGAGGCCUCGAAGCCCUUCACCUGCCUGGACGGCUCUGCCACCAUCGCCUUCGCCUGGGUCAACGACGACUAUUGCGACUGUCGUGACGGCUCCGACGAGCCCGGGACAGCAGCGUGUCCCAACGGCCGCUUCCACUGCACCAACGCCGGGUACCGGCCCCAGAACAUCCCCUCGGCCCAUGUCAACGACGGCGUCUGUGACUGCUGCGACGCCACCGACGAGUAUGACAGCGGGGCUGCCUGUGAGAACACCUGCAAGGAGCUGGGCCGGCGGGAGCGGGAGGCACUGCAGCGCCGGGCGGAGGUGGCGCGUGAGGGUUUCCGCAUCAAACAGCAGCUGGUGCAGGAGGCGGCCGCCGGGCGCCAGGAGAAGCAGGGGCGGCUGGGGGGGCUGCAGGAGGCCCGGCGGGGGCUGGAGCAGCGCGUGGGGACCCUGCGGGCGGCCAAGGAGGCGGCCGAGGGGCCGGAGCGGGCGGCCAAGGAGGAGCAUCGGCGGCGCUGGGAGGAGCAGCGCGCGGCAGUGGUGGCGGCGCAGGAGGCAGCGCAGGCGGACGAGGCCUUCGCCCAGCUGGACACCGACGGGGACGGGCGGGUGACGGCGGCGGAGCUGCGCGCCCGCCCCGAGCUGGACACCGACGGGGACGGCGCCGUCUCGGAGGAGGAGGCCCAGGCACUGCUGGGGGACCCGGCGCCGGUGGACGCCGCCACCUUCCGUGACCGCCUCUGGGCCACCAUCAAGCACCACUACCGGCCCCAGGGCCAAGCUGAGCCCCCCCCGUCCCCCCCCGAGCCCCCCCUGGAAGAGACCCCCCCUGAGGAGGAGGAGGAGGAGGAAGAAGAGGCUGAAAACGAGGAGGAGGAGGAAGAGGAGGACGGCGAAGGCCCCGAGGAGGAGCUGAAGGUGCCCCCCCCCCAGCACCCCGAGGAGAAGGGUCCCGAGGAGCCCCCCCCAGCGCCCCCCUUCGACGCUGCCACUCAGGCUCUGAUUGAUGCCGCCCAGCAGGCCCGUGAGGAGCUGGAGGAGGCCGAGCGAGCCCUCAAGGAGGCCGAGGAGUCCAUCAGGGCCCUGGAGCAGGAGCUGGCUUUCGACUUCGGCCCCCAGGGCGAGUUCUCCUACCUGUACAGCCAGUGCUACGAGCUGGGCACCAGCGAGUACAUCUACCGCCUCUGCCCCUUCAAACGCGUCUCCCAGAAACCCAAACACGGCGGCGCCGAGACCAACCUGGGGAUGUGGGGCGCCUGGGCCGGCCCCGAGCACGAUCGCUUCAGCGCCAUGAAGUACGAGCACGGGACGGGCUGCUGGCAGGGCCCCAACCGGGCCACCACGGUGAAGCUGUCCUGCGGGACGGAGACGGCGGUGACGGCCACCACCGAGCCCAGCCGCUGCGAGUACCUGAUGGAGCUGGUGACGCCCGCGGCGUGUCGCACGCCCCCCUCGCACGAGGACCACGACGAGCUCUGACCCCCGCCCAGCGGGAGCUGCCAGGACCUCAAGUGACGGCAACGCCCCCCCCACCCAAGGACCCUUCGGGGUGGGGGCAUUUGGGGUGGGGGGGACACCCCCACCGAGGACACUGCGACUGAGCCGGGGGGGCCGCGGGCGCUGCAGA